AUGGACAUUGAUGGUCAACUUAUCCCCCUUAAUGAAGAAAAGGUGGAGUAUUUUAAAAAAGCAAUUGAAGAUAUGGCUUUUGGAAGCUUGCAUUGUGUUGCUAUUGCAUACACACCAUGUGAACCAGAAACUGUUCCAACAUGUGAAGAUGAGCUGGCACAAUGGGAGCUAGCUGAGGACGAUCUUGUCCUGCUGGAAAUUUUUAGUUUAAAGCGAUGUCCAUGUCCAUGUCAUCAAAGAGAUUAA